UCUCCGUUCCACACUGUGACACCCGUAUUCAUCAAACAGUCGAUGGUGUAGAAAAAUAACUUCAAAUUAGAAAACAAAAAACAAUAUUAUUAUCGAGUAUAUAGCAAUAAUUAUAAAUGAAAUCGAGCGCGCUUAAAUGAGAAAACAAUUAUAGUUGGCAAGAAAAUUUUUCAGUUUGCAGAUGAUGUAUUAGAAUAAAAAGGUUGCAGGAUAUAUGUGAGUUCCCCAUUUCAGCUCCAAAGGAGCUGCGCUAACAAGCUUCUUUUAUAUAAAACGGGUGUCUUAUUUCAUACAUGAAACCUGAAUAAGUCAACUUAUGGAUCAGACUGAAUUACAAAGUUCCAUGAGUGCAGAUGUGGGUGUAUGAAUGUGGGUGUGAGAAAAGAAGAGAUCAACAUCCGGACCCACCCACACCCUCAUAUUUUCUCUCUUAUCCUAAUUUUUUGUAGUGACCUAUAGAGCUUAUAAAUAAAGAAAUGAUAUGCAGACUCAUAAGUCGAUUCAAAGACUUUAUCAAUGUGUAAUAAAUAAGAUGCUCUUUAAUGAUUUACCUCCAUGGAAUAAUCUUGGACAUAGCUGUCGAAAAAGAUUUCUUCUUGGCUGUAAGUUCGUAAGCCCUUUUGUUUGUCCUUUGCUAUUCUAUAUUAUAUCUAUAUUGCAACAAGGUUCUUCGAACUUACCGUUGAGAGUAUUUUCUCUUUAGUUUCUGUGAUCGUUAUAUAGAUAGUGAAAUCAAAUGUAAAUGCUCUUUUUUCGUCUGUUUUUUUUAUGACAAAUGCAAUUUACAAAGUGAUAACAGUUGAUGCAUUUCUCCUUAGUUGACUUCAACUUACAUAGCAAAAGAUACAAAUAAUCUACCUUUUUAUAUUUUUAGUAAUAUGAGUUAAUGUAAAUCCAAGAGCUAUGUUUCAUGUCGUUAGUUUGCAGAGCAUCACAUCAAAGACGAGAAGAAAGAGCAAAAGAAAUAAUAAACAAAAAUACUUCACGUGGAAUGUAUAUUAAAUUACAGUGCACGUCAAAAGUCUCGCACCACUUUUUUCUUUUGAGCCCUGUAUUAAAACAAUCCAUUAUAAUUUUAAAAAAAAAAUUUAACACUAGAAAGCAGAGAUCGAGUACUAUCUGUAUACAUCUGUUUAAAAAAUAAAACUCUUGAAUCUAAAAUAAAACAAGAUAAAACAAACUUUUCUACUAGAAGAAAAAUAUCAUGAAAAACUACAAAAUCAGGUUAUUUUUAUUAAUUUAUGAAAAAUGAUGAUGAUGAUUUAAUGGAAAUGGACAAUCUUUAUAUACAUCUUGCUCAUACGUAAUACCACAAGAGUGUGGAUAUGAGUAUGGGGUCGGUGUUGGUGUGGCUCUGGCUGUGUGGAUGUCGGUGUCCGGAUGUGAAGUGUGUGUGGGUGUCGAGAGUGUGUGAUUUUGUGAGUGUCUGAUGUGUUUGGGUGUCGGGAAUAUGUGGGUGUGUGAGUGUCGGAUGUGUGUGGAUGUCGGGGGUGACGGAUGUAUGGGCGUUUUUCUUUUCUUAAUCCAUACCCACACCCACACACUUGUAGUAUUACGUAUGAGCAAGAUGUAUAGAACGAUUGACCAUUUCCAUUAAAUCAUCAUCAUCAUUUUUCAUAAACUAAUAAAAAAUCACCUGAUUUUGUAGUUUCUCAUGAUAUUUUUCUUGUCGCAAAAAAGUUUGUUUUAUCUUGUUUUAGUUUAGAUUCAAGAGUUUUAUUUUUUAAACAGAUGUAUACACAUAGUACUCGAGGGUGUGGGUGUGGAUGAAUGCAGUAGAAGACACCCAUACCCAUACCCCACACCCACAGCCACACCCACACCCACCCACGCCCAUCCUACUAAAUACUGUGAAUAUUUUUCGAGGUAAGUUAUUGAAUUUUCCUUCUAAUUUGACUUUGAAAUAUAUCCUAUGAAAUAUACGAAGCUUACAAACAGCUAUCUAUAAACUUGAAUGGAAUCUCCAUCGGAGUACCAAUUUAGUAAACAACAUUUUCGAGCUUUUCAUAUUGCGAUUGAUCAAGACGGAGACAGAAUUGAUCAGAAUUUCUCAAAAUGUGUACUAAUAAUACCAGUCUGACGAGAGUAGACCAGAUUAAUCGGUCUAAAAUUCGUCGUGGUAUCGGUUCUAUCUCUGGAUCAAUAUAGAAAUUAACUCAUCAAUAUUUUAUUUUUAUUUGUCUUUAUUUCUUCCAGAAGGUUAGAUAUUUUAGACACAAACAAAUGGGUCAGAUGAUUUUGUAGAAUAUUGUUGGUAGAAUGAUUUAAUUUCUUUGGGAAAACAAUAGUGAAUGAUUGAAUAUAAUGUGCUUUUGCUAAUGAUUUUAAUAUAGCAUUAGGAUCCCAUUUUGACUUUGAUAAAUUUUAUAUAAAAGAUAUUUCUUGAUGUAUCUCAACUCAUUGAAUUCUGAUUAUUUUCUUAAUCAUGAAUCCAUCGAUCUGAAGAGUUUCAUUUUAUGCUUUAUUUUAAUCAUGAGAUGCCAUAUUUCAAUGGUUAAGUCUGAAACCUGUUAUUACAUUUAUGUAUCAAUAUGAAGAAACUAACUCUAUUGACUCUCAUAUUUCUUGAAUAUCAUGCAAUGAUGGUAGUUUCUUUUCUUUCCAACUUCCAAAAUCAAUAUUUUGGAUGGUAAUAUUUUAUAUAAAAAAGGAGAAUGAAUCGAAAAUCAGAGCAUUAUUAUUGACAAACUCAUUUUUUCUGAUAAAUCAACAAGUUACGGAUGUUUUUUCAAACUUUUUACUUUCAUAUAUGAACGAAAUUCACUAAAUAUUUGAGAAUUUUCGUAAGGGUACAAAAAGAGGAAUAAACUGAUAAUGAUUCAGAAAAAGAAAAGGAUUCAUGCAAGAGUCAUUGUGCAAGAUGUAUAUAAUUUCCAGAGAGAUCAUAUUCAAAAGACAUAUCGAAUGAAAAUUACAUUUUCGUUUUUCAAUAAUUUUAUAGCCGUUAUUGAUAUGCUUGAUGAACAAGUCUAAUCAAUUGUUCAGAUACAAAAUUUUGAGAUCACUAAAACCAGAAAGAUGGUUUUCACAAUUUUUAUUAUUAAUACAUCAUUUUCUAUAGUAACAAUGACUUAGACUCAAAUUUGUAAGUUUAGUCAUGUUUUUUUGAAGAAGUUUAUGUGAUAUCUCCAGGAAAACAUAGAAAUGGCUGACCUACAUAUUUAUAUAGUGCUACUCUGAUUACUUUUCAUUUUGUUGAUACAACAUAAUGCUUCACUUUGAUUAAUUAUUAACUAAAGAUCAUCAUAAUACAUCCGAUAGAAAUAAUUUUGUUCAUGAACAUUCAUCUCAAUAUCGUCCGCAGGCUACAGAGGAUACAGCAUCCAAUGCACAAAUAUCGCACUCUCAAAAUAUUCCAAGGCAAACCGAAGAAUCAUUAUUACCAAAUCAUCAAUCAUAUCAAAGCACAGAAAAGUCAAUCGAACGAUCAGAAUUCCAAAUUCAUCAGGAAAUACCCCAAAGUACUACAACACCCAGAUCAACACCUCAAGCAACAGAUGAAGCUACUGCACUACGUGCAGAAAUAGAUAAAUUUCGCGAACAAAAUUCAGAGCUGAUCCAGUGUUUUCAAAAGUCAAACAUAGAAUUGAAAAGAAAAAAGAUCGAUUCAUUCGAAGCAUUGAUUGAACAAGAUAAAGAAAUGCAGAAAAUUUUCAUUGAAUUGACUAAUCUUACUCCACCGAUGCCAAUGGAAGGCAAUAAUAUUGCUUUAUUCGGUUUGACAUCAACUGGUAAAUCAACAAUGCUAAAUUCUAUUCUUGGUCAAAAGCUUGCCGAAACUGGUGUUGGCGAAACAACAAAAAAGAUUGUAUCAUAUCCAAGUAGUAAUUUCACACUCUGGGACGUUCCUGGUCGCAAUGAUGAAAUGUCGUAUAUGAAUAUGGAAUAUAUUUCAUUUUUCAAAGGUCUCUCCAAACGUUUGAUUCUAAUUGAAGCAACCGUAAAGGAAAAUUCAAGUAUGAUGAAACUCUUAGAUGCAAUUCAAUUACCUUAUGCAAUUGUUUUCAAUAAAUUUGACAAAGCUGAUGACGAUGAACAACAACAAAUCCAACAACAGAUUGAACACGAACAUGAAACACUUGGUUUACAAAAAGUUGAUCAAGUUUUUUUUGUCAGUGGAAAAUUUCCAAACAAGUUUCCUGGUUGGCAAGCAAUGCUCCAUUAUAUGCGAAAUUCUCGUCACUGA